AUGUCGAAACCGUUCCAUGUGAAGCAUUCUGUGAUGACUGCAAGUCUUGCUUCAUUUCAGAUGGAGGACUACAACUUGUCGUGGCAGUGGCAUAGCCAAGAAACGCUGAAAUCUUUCGAAGUACUUCGAAAAUCGGAGACGCAUACGGAUGCAGUUCUGUAUUGUGAAAAUGAUGUCAUCCGCGCGCAUAAGGUUAUACUCGCGGCGUGUUCCGCCUACUUUCAUCGAGCAUUAGCGCAAAUACACGAGACAUCUCGCUACACGGUCAUUCUCCUGCCCAAAAUCAACGCGAACCUACUACGACUCGCGCUCGAUUUCAUGUACCUGGGGAAAGUGACUGUCCCGAGCGAUAAGCUUGAAUCUUUUAUGGAGCUGUCCGCAUUUCUGGAGAUCCGCGGACUGGAAGGCCUCGCGGUGAAGACCGCUGCCGAAAAGGCGAAACGUUGCGAGGCCGCUGGGAAACCGGUUUCCGUGGACGCAGUUCCUGUUCCUGUUUCCUCGCUCAGUGCAAUGAUUCCGACGUCGGCCGGAUCCUCCCUUGUGCCAAUCGUCGUCCCAAGUUUCACGGUAUUCAAGGCCUCUGGGAAUGUCGUCAAAACGGAGCAUCGAGAGAAUGAAGAAGGUGACAUGCAGUCGAUAGUCAGCGAUCAGUUUGCAGAAAGCGACUCGGCGGGAGCAGCUGAAGCUUCAACGGAUUGCGAGAUGGGAGAUGGAUUCAACGAAGACUCGGGUACGAACGGGGAUUCGAAACCCGCUGUUCUUGCCGCUGCGGUCGAAGAUGGUACGUCGAUGUCGGAAGACAUUUGCCGAGGUUCUCAAGACUACCCUGCUCAAAUACCCGCCGUGAUCGUUCAGUCCGCAAUGAUGGGUGAAAAAGUGCAAAGUGAUAAUAGAACGUUCGUUGCAGUGAUUCACGGCGUCGUGGCAUUGCAAAAAAUCUAUCCGUUUUACGAAAAUGGGGAUUUCUGUGAUGUGACGCUGGUGUGUAAUGGGGUCUGCUUCGAUGUCCACGCUGUGCUUUUGGCUGCACAGAGUCGCUAUUUCUACGAGCUUUUCCGCAAGAAUCCAUGCAAGAGAGUGUUCCAGCUGACGGAGCUUUCUCCAGAGCAUCUGCAAAAAACCCUGGAAUUUUUCUACAGGGGUCGUGUGGAGGUUCCUUGCGCGGCAGUACCUGGUUUCGUCUUUACACUUAACAAGCUGGAAGUGACAUCGAUGCGUCUGAACGCGGAAGACACUGAGGCGCUAAAAAUGGAGGCGGAGCGUUUCAUUAAAGCCACGGACGACCUUCGAAAGCCGGUCAUACAAAAGGGACGCCCCAGAGGCCGGCCGAGCGGACGUGGGGUCAGUCGUCGCAGUCAGCAUAGAUCGAUGAACAGAUCGGUGCAUAAAUCCUCGAAGAAAAAGAACGAGUCGGAAAUGGCCGCCGACGGCGGCGUUGUGCCACCUGCGCGAAUCGGGUACAUUGAAGAUCAUACUCCUGGUGUCGCUGAGGCGACGGACAAGCCACGAGAACCGACGGACAAACCACGAGAACCGACGGAUAAGCCACGAGAACCGACGGACAAGCCACGAGAACCGACGGAAGAGGCGAAGACGCCGCUAGAGCCCAUGGAGACGGAAAAGCCGCAAAAAGUGAUGGAAAAUGAAUACGAAGAUGUUUAUGCGUUUCCGAAUGAAGAAACUAUGAUUGAAGGCGAUUCGGAACCAGUCCAGGAGACAAGUGAGACCGUCGAAGAGGAAUUUGUUGAGGGUGAAACUUGCGACAUGGCUGCUGAUAUUGUUGAAACUCUAGCGCUGCCCGAACCCAAGAUUAGGGAAUGUUUCGUCAAGCUGAAGCGAUUGGCUUUCGAUGAGAUCCCUGCCGAAAUCAAGGAAUUAGAACCCACGAAGAAACGUCGGGUAUCGGAUAAAUCUGAACCAGGUCCGGAAGUUCCAGUUCCCGACCUUGUCACUCAAGAUGCGGUUCAGGUCGAAGAAGAAAAGCUGCCAGUGCCCGAAGAAUUUGCUGAACGAUGUAUAGAGGCAACGCCAACUCCUCUCUUGCCAACGACGUCGGCACCAGUGGCGACGGUCACCCCACCACUGAAAACCAUUACGGCGCCACUGACAACAAUCACGACACCAGUAACGACAACGACGACACCAGUGCCGGCCAUCACAAUACCAGCAGUGAAGAUCGUGACACCAGCACCGAAGAUUACGACACCAGCACCGAAGAUUACGACACCCGAGCCAAUUGUCCCGACAAUGUCGACACCACCGGCAAUGGAGAUCAUGGUCACUACAGCGUCAGUGCCGUCGAUAAUUCCGUCUAUUCCAAUGAUACCGACGGUAACUGCACCAAUUGCGACGCCAGUGGCUCAAACUGUCGCUGUGAAAAGAGAUAAGAUAAAGACAGAUACAGGUGUGACGCCGAUUCCUCAAAUCGUUCCACAAAAGAGAGAGAAAACGUUGACUGCAACGUACAUGACGCCGGUUGCUCCAGCGGUCCCAGCGAAGAGAGAAAACCGAAAAAUGCUUAAGCGCGAAUUCCGUCACUCGGGCCAUGCGGAAGCCCUGGGCAAGGAUUUGUGGGGAUUGCGAGACCUGAACGUGACCACGGACUCGCAACUCAUGAGUGGCACUGAGUGUUUUCCAGUCCACAGCUGCGUCCUGGCCUGCAAUUCUCCAUAUUUCGAGAACUUUUUCCGAACCCAGAAAACGCCGAACCCGGUUUUUGUGCUGCCCAAGGCGGACCCGAAGGCUGUCAUGCAGCUGUUGGAGUUCAUGUACACGGGGGAGACGGAAGUGGAGAUGGAACAACUGACUGAGUUUGGCGGACUGGCAAACCUGUUGGAUGUGCCGGUAUUGAAGGAAUUGUGGGCUCGAGGAAAGAUUGAUGAUGCCAGAGCGAGGGGCAGUGGGGAAAAGAUCAAUAUGCCCUCGUCCCCGCUGCCGAAGAACCGGGCCAGGGGUGGCCCGAAAAGCAAGCGGAAGUCUGGUACCUCGGCACCGAAGAAGAAAGCUCGUCCGGAAUCCAGUGAAAAUCAGGAGGAAUCAACGGCUAACACUUCACCUGACACUACCAACGCCACUAUGAAUGACUCACCUGCUACUGGGACAAUCCUGGAAGUGGACGGAUUGAUGGUGAACAUCCCUCUGCAAUAUGACGUGACGACGGUGCAGAGGGUCAACUGGUGCCUCGUAUCCAGCGAGCAUUUGGAAAGCCGGAAAAAGUUUUUCUUCUGCAGCAUCUGCUCGCAGCAGUUUGGAAGGAAGGCGUCUGCUGAAAUCCACAUGCGUGAACACGUCGCGUCUUUCGAAUAUUGUUGUCCCGAGUGCGUCUGGGGCGUCAAUUCUGUCGAUGAGCUGCGUCUUCACGUGAGCGAGAAGCACGCCGAGGACGAGAUGAUGUUUGCCCGAGAAGAAGCCCUUUUGGCCGAGGAACCCUUUGGUGUCUGCACGGAGCAAAAUGAAGAAAACAUGACGUACUUCGAUAUGACGGAACAGGAGCAAUCGCAAAUCAAUGCAUCAACAACUGACGAUACUCAUGCAGUGAUGAUCGAUGUUACUCCGGAAGGAGUGAUAAUCGAUGAUCCCGCAAAGUUGAACGAUGCGAAAAAAUCUCCGCGAAAAGAGUGAUGGAUUCGCACGUUUUCACCCGGUUAUCGGAGCAGCAAUGAUUUCUUUGAAGUGACCCAUCUUCUUUCCCGGAAGAAACCCAAGGGAAAAUCUGUUUCCGGAGUAUCUUCAUUGUCGUCCAUCUUAUCUACGUUUUACCAGAAAAUGUUUGGUUCCGCAAUCGUUUUUAGCGAGCUCAAUUGUAUCGUAUCCGAAAAUUUUAUUUUGAACUUCUGAUAUUCAUUCCGCGAUGGGAACUAUUGCGUCAAUCCGGUUGUUUUCGUUGUUUUUUUUUCUAGUUUUGCAUUUGCAUUUCGUGUUGUAAUAUUUCGUGUCGGAACGAAGUGAAGUGACUAGAUUUAGCAACAUGCCGCUGUAAUUUUCCGUGUUACAAGAAAACUGGGUGAAAAUUGGAACCCGAUGGAAUCUGAAAAAAAAAACCUACCGAGAUUGGGUUACUGAUUCUGAUCUCCGUUAAUCAUGCGGUGUUUUUUUUUUCGCCGAACUGACUUGUUCAUGGUUUGCGAGAGAACUUUUUUGUGUGUAUGUUUUUUCUUGUGCCGAUUGGGUAUCGGGCAGGAAAAUCGGUACGCUAAUUUUUGUCAAGGUUUCGUUGACCGUGAAAUGGUCGAAGAGCUCGAAUCCACAUGGUGUUUUCAGUUGAGCUUACUAAAGAUUGAUCUUUUGU